AGCCCAUGGCAGCCUAGCCUACAGAGGACGUCACACGUUGAGCGGCGCAGAGAAGUUCGUCACCGUUGCUGUUGGACCUGCUGAAGCUUUCGAGGUUCUGAUCGGUUCCAUUUUUGUUUUGGUUCAUAUCCCUCCUCCGAGCGUCGGCCUCUAAACCAGCAUUUCGAUACACAAACACCGCGGAGGAUAUUGUUCAUCUUCAGCCGAACACCGGAAACCGCUCCGUGAAGCGAAAGUUGAGACUCGAGAUGAGUGUGGAGGCGUACGGGCCGAGCUCCCAGACCCUCACCUUCCUAGACACCGAGGAAACGGAGUUGCUCGGAGCGGACACCCAGGGCUCCGAGUACGACUUCACCGAUUUCACCCUUCCCAGCCAGACGCAGACCCAAGGCCAGACCCAGAGCCAGCUGGACAGCCAGGUAAACGGUCCUGAUGAGGGUCUUCUCAACGGGGGAGUCGAGGACUCAGUGGCCAAAGCCAGCCAGCUGUUGGCCGAGCUCAACUUUGAGGAAGAUGAAGAAGACACGUACUACACCAAAGACCUGCCUCUGCACGCAUGCAGCUACUGCGGUAUUCAUGAUCCAGCAUGUGUGGUGUACUGCAAUACCAGCAAAAAGUGGUUCUGUAAUGGACGUGGCAACACAUCUGGCAGUCACAUUGUUAACCACUUGGUGAGAGCCAAAUGCAAAGAAGUGACGCUGCAUAAAGAUGGGCCACUGGGGGAGACAGUGCUGGAGUGUUACAACUGUGGCUGUCGCAACGUCUUCCUUCUGGGUUUCAUCCCGGCCAAGGCAGAUUCUGUGGUGGUACUACUCUGCAGGCAGCCCUGUGCCAGCCAGAGUAGCCUGAAGGACAUCAACUGGGAUAGUUCACAGUGGCAACCACUUAUCCAGGACCGCUGCUUUCUGUCCUGGCUGGUGAAGAUCCCAUCUGAGCAGGAGCAGCUUCGGGCCCGUCAGAUUACCGCCCAGCAGAUCAACAAGUUGGAGGAGCUCUGGAAGGACAACCCCACUGCCACCUUGGAAGACCUGGAGAAACCUGGAGUGGAUGAGGAACCCCAGCAUGUGCUGCUGCGCUAUGAGGAUGCCUACCAGUACCAAAACAUCUUUGGCCCUUUGGUCAAACUGGAGGCUGACUACGACAAGAAGCUUAAGGAGUCCCAGACCCAAGACAAUAUAACAGUCAGGUGGGACCUGGGGCUGAAUAAAAAGCGGAUUGCCUAUUUCACACUGCCCAAGACGGAUUCAGGUGAUAUGCGGCUGAUGCAAGGGGAUGAGAUCUGCUUGCGGUACAAGGGAGAUCUAGCCCCUCUGUGGAAAGGCAUAGGUCAUGUCAUCAAAGUCCCUGACAGUAUCCUUUACACUCCUGUCUUUAAAGACUAUGGGGACGAAAUUGCCAUCGAGUUGCGUAGCAGUGUUGGAGCACCUGUGGAAAUCCCCCACAACUUCCAGGUUGACUUUGUGUGGAAGUCCACGUCCUUUGACAGGAUGCAGAGCGCCCUGAAGACCUUUGCGGUGGAUGAGACCUCUGUGUCUGGUUAUAUUUACCAUAAACUGCUGGGCCACGAGGUAGAGGAUGUCACCAUCAAGUGCCAGCUGCCAAAGCGCUUUACUGCCCAGGGCCUGCCCGACCUUAAUCACUCACAGGUGUACGCUGUGAAGACAGUGCUGCAGAGGCCUCUCAGCCUGAUCCAAGGUCCCCCUGGUACUGGGAAGACUGUCACCUCUGCCACUAUUGUCUACCACUUGUCCCGUCAAGGCAAUGGACCAGUUCUGGUGUGCGCUCCCAGUAACAUUGCCGUGGAUCAGUUGACGGAGAAGAUUGACAAGACUGGAUUGAAGGUCGUCAGGCUUUGUGCUAAGAGCCGGGAGGCCAUCGAAUCACCAGUAUCCUUCCUAGCUCUGCACAACCAGAUCAGCAACAUGGACAGCAUGCCGGAGCUUCAGAAACUGCAGCAGCUGAAGGAUGAGACCGGUGAGCUGUCAUCUGCUGAUGAGAAGCGCUACAGGGCUUUGAAACGAACAGCUGAGAGGGAGCUGCUCAUGAAUGCUGAUGUUAUCUGUUGUACCUGCGUCGGGGCUGGAGAUCCUCGUCUGGCCAAGAUGCAGUUCCGCUCGAUCCUGAUUGAUGAGAGCACCCAGGCCACCGAACCAGAGUGUAUGGUGCCUGUGGUGCUUGGUGCCAAGCAGCUAAUUCUGGUGGGUGAUCACUGCCAGUUGGGUCCUGUGGUGAUGUGUAAGAAAGCAGCCAAGGCAGGUCUGUCCCAGUCCCUGUUUGAACGCUUGGUGGUUCUGGGGAUCCGGCCAAUCCGCCUGCAGGUCCAGUACCGCAUGCACCCGGCUCUCAGUGCCUUCCCCUCCAACAUCUUCUAUGAGGGCUCCCUGCAGAACGGUGUCACUGCAGCUGACCGCAUUAAGAAAGGCUUUGACUUCCAGUGGCCGCAACCAGACAAGCCCAUGUUCUUCUACGUGACUCAGGGUCAAGAGGAGAUUGCCAGCUCUGGAACCUCCUACCUUAACAGGACGGAGGCUGCAAACGUAGAGAAGAUCACCACCAGGCUGCUGAAGGCGGGAGCCAAACCUGAUCAGAUCGGCAUCAUCACCCCAUACGAGGGUCAGCGCUCCUACCUGGUCCAGUACAUGCAGUUCAGCGGCUCCCUGCACACCAAACUCUAUCAGCAAGUGGAAAUUGCCAGCGUGGACGCCUUUCAGGGCAGAGAGAAGGACUUUAUCAUCCUGUCUUGUGUUCGUGCCAAUGAACACCAGGGAAUCGGCUUCCUGAAUGACCCACGCCGUCUCAAUGUGGCGCUGACCAGAGCCAAGUACGGCGUGAUCAUCGUGGGAAACCCCAAGGCGCUCUCCAAGCAGCCGCUGUGGAAUAACCUGCUGAACAACUACAAGGAGCAGAAGGUCCUCGUGGAGGGUCCCCUGAACAACCUGAGGGAGAGCCUCAUGCAGUUCAGCAAGCCCCGCAAACUGGUCAACACCAUCAACCCCGGUGGACGCUUUAUGAGCACUGCGAUGUACGAUGCCCGUGAGGCCCUCAUCCCUGGCUCUGCUUACGACCGCAGCAAUGCUGCCGGACGUCCGUCCAACAUGUACUUUCAAACUCACGACCAGAUUGGGAUGAUUGGGGCAGGCCCCGGUCAUAUGUCCGCUAUGAAUAUUCCCAUUCCCUUCAACCUGGUGAUGCCACCAAUGCCUCCGCCCAGCUACCUGGGUCAGACCAACGGCCCUGCUGCAGGUCGUGGAGCUAUGAAGGGUAAGCCUGGCCGUGGCGGGCGGCAGAGGGUCCGAGGAUCGGCACACCAGGGUGCCAGCCAAGGUAACGGACCAAACAGCCAGGCCAGCCAGGACGGGGCCUCCCAGCCCUUCUCCCAGGGGCCGCUGACACAGGGCUACAUCUCCAUGAGCCAGCCCUCCCAGAUGAGCCAGCCUGGCCUCUCCCAGCCGGAGCUGUCCCAGGACAGCUACCUGGGCGAUGAGUUCAAGUCCCAAAUCGAUGUGGCUUUGUCCCAGGACUCAACUUACCAGGGUGAACGUGCAUACCAGCAUGGUGGGGUGACUGGACUGUCACAGUACUAAAGUGUCACUUGAUGAAGGGAGCUAGGCUUGAACUGAGCUUAGUUCAUCAGCUUUUUAAUCUGGGAAAUAAUAAAAACAUAAAAUGGAUACCUGUUUUCCUCUGCUACAACCGAAGCACCACCGAGUGAAAGCGACGGGAUAGCGAAACCAAACCAAUGACCAGCGAGAGAAAUAAGAUGGUAGAAGACGGGGAGGGCACGAGCAGACGGGCAUGGCGAUGGCAAGAGAGGCCGAGUGAACAAGCAAGAGGCAGGGACCGAUGCCCGUGCAAAGUGAAGGAAGUCGAGAAGAUGGCGGCGUGUGGUCGAGCUGCUGAGGGAAACGGAGGGGAGAUCUCAAAGGUCUCUUGUGGGAGUCCUAAUGAGGCUCAACUCCCAACAAAAUAAUUCAGCCAACCCCUUCAACCCACAGCCUCCAGGAAAGGAAGGAAAGCUACCGUAUCUUCAGAUGGAGGUCAAGGCUUUCUAGCUGAAUUUGAAGAACUUGUUCUCCAAAGUUGCAGGGGCAUAAUGACAGAAAGCCAUCGAACAGGAAACACAAAAUCCUCAUGCUAAAAGUCGGUUGGUUUCUUAACCUGUAUCUCUUGAAUUUGGUUUAUCAUGGGAGGAGGCAACAACAAUCUUCUCGAUGGCUCAAAAACCUCGGCAGCCUCUGAAGGAAGCAGCCGUCGGCACGCCUUCUCGGAGAGGAAAUAAAAACACGGUCUCUGUGCUUGAGUCUGAGAUUAAAGAGCCUUGAAUUGAACCUUUCAUUUGCCUUGAGAACCACUGGCUCAUUCACGAGGUCUUUAAACGGGGUGGUUUCGACCACACGUCAGUGGUGGAGGGGCACAGGGAUUUUGGACUGUUUUUCAAGGCACGAUGCGCAAAUCCCACCGAUAGUGAGAUCAUCAUGGGACAGUUUUUUUUCUUCUCUGAAGUACCUUUCUUAACACGGAGCACAAAAUUGCAAAUAAGUCAUUGAAACUAUCAAACACAACCAGCAUUGAAUAUUCAACUCAAUGUCAUUUGAUGUUUCAGCGAAGGCUUAUCUUUAUUUGAAUCUUUAGGAAGCAGACGUCAUUGAUGUCCUGCUGUGCUUCAUGACCAGAUGUCUUUUUGAAAACACUCUGUGUGUACGCUUCGAUUGGCGAACGCUUGAAUGCUUUGCAUUGAUUGAUUACUCAGGGGAUUGUGGACGGUCCACACUCAUCACACAAAUCCCUGCUUGAGGUGAAAGAAACCAAACAAGAUGGGAAAAGAAGGAUAAUGGUAGUCGAGGCUUACAGGCGGUCGUGGCAAUCAAUCCACCAGAGGUGAGGAGUAGAAAAAGGAAGGUGGCUGAGGAAGAGAAGGACAUGAGUGUCCUCUUCUGGAAAAGGACUUCAGUUAAAUGUCGGGGUUCAAAAUGUUGAGGGAAACGUGGCUUUAGGACUGAAGUCCCAAUACGCCAGCACACAUUAGAUGUUAACCCAGUGUCAUUUCACAGAGCAUUUUGAUUUUGUGAAUAAUGGUCACAUGACGCGCCGCAUAUUGUCCGGCCACACAACUCUUAAGAUACUCAGGGUUGAAGAAUUAAGAAAAUUGUUGAAUCUCAACACAACCAAUGUAAUCUAAAAGAUCUUUGGUUCCUGUGUGGAUGAAAUAUUUAGAAACUACUAAACCCCAGUUUCACACAGGAUAUACCAUCAGUACUGAUUAAAUGAUGGCCAGCAGAUACAUAAAAGUGAAUGAGAAACCUGAAUCAGUGCCUAUAACCAAUCACCUUGAGAUAAACAGCUGUAACACAAGCAUGAAUGUAGUUAAAAAUCAAACUACCAGCAUAAACAAACCUUCCAGACAUCAGAGGGCUCAAGAAAUCCACAGAAAAGGACUUGAUGUAUUUUUAUUUUUUUUAAAUUAUUAAAAUCAGGCCAGGUAGAGAUAAGGUCAGUGAGUUUGCAGCUGGGUUGUUCCUUAUGGGCGGAAGAAGAA